AUGGAUCUGAGCAGCGACAUCUCCGAGCUAUCCCGCGUCGUAUUCUCCUACCCUGCCAUCGACAACCACGCGCAUGCGUUCUUGCGGGAGGAGUACAAGGAUUCGACACCGUUCGAAGGGCUCAUCACCGAGGCGAACCUCAACACGGAUCAGGCCCUAUGCGACGCCGCGAGCACCCUGGCGUGCUUCCGCGCGACUGCCCAGCUCGCGAAGCUAUACGGGCUUGGGGCGGACGCGGACUGGGAGACGGUGAAGCGCUUCCGGAGCCAAGUCUCGUACGACCAGCUGUGCCGGUCGUGCAUGGCCCCGACGCACAUCCAAUGCAUCCUCAUCGACGACGGCCUCGGGAGCGGGGAGAAGGUGUAUCCGUACCGUUGGCACGACCAGUUCACCGCUAGCCCGACGAAGCGCAUCGUGCGUGUCGAGGCACUUGCCGAGGACAUCCUGAAGCGAGCGAUCGAGUUCCAGAUCGAGAAGAAGGAGCUCGCGCCGUCGACGCUGCUCGAGCGGUUCCUCUUCACGAUGGAUACCGCGCUGCGGACGGCAGCCGCGGACGGCGAGGUCGCGGGCUUCAAGAGCGUCGCGUGCUACCGCACCGGGCUCGACAUCGGUAUCGUGUCGUCGAUCACGGACGAUGCGCAGGCGCACCAGCUGCUCACGCGCCUGAGCCUGAUCUAUAUGACGAACCAGAUGCUGCGACUCGCGCACAAGCCGAUCAACGACUACAUCGUGAACGCCACCAUGCGCAUCGCGGGCGAGGCGGGGAAACCCGUGCAAUUCCACACAGGACUAGGAGACAACGACAUCACCUUGACACUGUCGUCGCCCGCGCACCUCCAGCCGCUCAUCAAGGCAUACCCCGGCACUAAGGUCGUCCUGCUGCACUCCAGCUACCCGUUCACGAAGGAGGCGGGAUACCUCACCUCCGUCUAUGAUAACGUAUACCUCGACUUUGGGGAGAUCUUCCCCUUCCUCAGCGCGGACGGCCAGCGCCAGGUUAUUCGUGAGGUGCUAGACCUGGCCCCUACGACCAAAAUUAUGUGGUCAACGGAUGGCCACUAUUGGCCUGAGUCGUAUUACCUAGGUACUCUGCAAGCACGGCAGGCGCUCUUCGAGGUCCUGGAGAGCUCAAUUCGAAGGUGGGAACUGACCUUGCCCCAGGCGAUCGGCAUCGUCAAGCGGGCGUUCUUCGAAAAUGCGAACAGGAUAUAUGGCCUUGGACUGGAGCCGCAGUUCUCGUGA